UUCAAGGGUCUUAGAAUUUGCAAAUUGGAAACAUUACGGGGUAACACCCAGAGCAUUCCGAAGAAAAAAGUUGGGAGUUCUUAUAGUAAAAAGUACAUUCUUGAGAACACUCAGCCCUGUAUUCCUAGCCUCUGGAUUAGUCUGAGAUGCGAAUCCUCUAGAUUAGUGAUCGUCUGCACAAUGAAUAUCAGUUCUUCAGGGAGUUAUAGUAUUUAUAUAUCCUCCAGUUAAAAAGUUCAAGUUCUCCGGCUAGUUAAAAUGAAGUAAAAUCUUUUCCUUGGGCUUCCUCCCAUUUGUCUGAACCAAUUUGGUCAGCCUGACCAUACAGACUCCCUUUUAAGUCAGCUUAGCUGUACUGGUUUCAUCUUGUUUUCUUCACCCCUUGCUCACAACUAACAAGGAAGGGAGCUGGGAGUUGAAUUCAUCCUUCUGACUUUGAAGAUGAAUCUGGAAGCCAGUACACUGCUUGGCCUCCUGUUUGGGUCCUUGUCAGGGAUAUCUGCCCCAGUUGUCUUCUUUGUGGAUUAUGCUUCCAACUGCUUAUUCAUGGAAGAAAUUGAGGGCUCUGUGACUGUUCGAGAUUAUAUUCAAUCCACUAUCGAGACUGGAAAAACUCCCGAAAGUCUCCUUGGCUUAGCCAAGACUGUGGGGCAGGUUUUGGCUCGCAUGCACGAUGAGGACCUCAUUCAUGGUGAUCUCACCACCUCGAACAUGCUCCUGAAACCCCCCCUGGAGCAGCUGAACAUUGUGCUCAUCGACUUUGGGCUGAGUUUCAUUUCAGCACUUCCGGAGGAUAAGGGGGUUGACCUCUACGUGCUGGAGAAAGCCUUCCUCAGCACCCAUCCCAACACCGAGAGUGUGUUUGAAGCCUUUCUGAAGAGCUACUCCGCCUCCUCCAAAAAGGCCAAGCCGGUGCUCAAAAAAUUAGAUGAAGUGCGCCUGAGAGGAAGAAAGAGGUCCAUGGUCGGGUAGAAGGAUGCGUGUGACAACCACGGACAGUUAAGCUAUUUACCUCACAGUAAAUUUGAAGUGCUAAGACUGUGGAUUACACCUAAAAAAAGUAUUGGGAUAUUUUUAA